CACGCGGACGUGUAAACGUCAGAGGGCGCGUGGAUGCGUCACGUCCGGCCGGUUAAGAUGGCGGAUAUGAGCGGAGCAGCCGCUGGGGCUGAAGCUGGGCCCGCCGCAGAUCCUGGGCCCGAGCCUCUCACCGGCACAGAAUUCAGCACAAAUUCCGGGAUAGAGCAACUGCAUCAGAAUAAUCCCCUCCUUAACCUCCCGAUCGUCGCCAUCGACUCCAUCCUCGGGUUAAUGUCGUACGAUGAGAUCAGCGGCCUGAGAAUGGUAUGCAAACGGAUGGAUGCAGUUUGUCAGCGGAUGCUGAACCAGGGCUUUCUGAAAGUCGAGCGGUAUCACAGUUUGUGUCAGAAACAGGUUAAAGCGCAGCUACCACGGCGGGAGUCGGAGCGUAGGAAUCAUUCACUGGCACGUCAUGCAGAUAUCCUGGCAGCAGUGGAGACCAGACUGUCCCUGCUCAACAUGACCUUCAUGAAAUAUGUGGACACCAAUCUCUGCUGCUUCAUCCCUGGCAAGGUAAUCGAUGAGAUUUAUCGGGUUCUGAGGUAUGUAAACUCCACCCGGUCACCUCAGAGAGCCCACGAGGUUCUGCAGGAGCUAAGGGACAUCUCUUCCAUGGCAAUGGAGUACUUUGAUGAGAAGAUUGUGCCCAUCCUGAAGAAGAAGCUCAGCAUUUCAGACAUGUCUGGUCGCCUGCUCGGAGUCCCACCAGUGCCUGGGCCAUCCACCACACUAACAGCAGUGCAGCUCUUCUCUAAACAGAAUCCUGCCCGGCAAGAGCUCUGCAAACUCCAGCAGCAGAUGAAAGCACAGGGACUGAACGUGACGGCUACCAGGCGUGAGGUCUCAGAGUUCCGGGUCAAAUUCCAGGAGCAGCUCAAACAACUCCAGGACCAGGAUCAGAAAAUCCUAGAGCAGAACCAGAUCAUCAGUGAGCAGAAUGCCCGGCUGGCUGAACUGGACCGAAAGCUGGCUGAGCAUGCCCUUAAACACCAACAGAACGAGCAGAAGAUCAAAGACCUGCAGGAGCUUCUGGAACGAGUCAUUGAGAGCCGGGCUGCUGCUGAUCAAGCCACUACCGGGCAAAGCAAACGCAAGAAGGCAUCACCAGAGGGCACUGCCUCAGACUUACCCACCCGUGCCAAGCGCCUUCGGAGCAGGAAAUGAGCUGGAGGUUGCAAGAGGGAGAUCUUAUUGUUCUUGUGUCACUCAUAAUGGUAAUAGGUAUUUGUGUGCUUCUGCGCCAAGUUACACUGUAUAUACGGUGCAGGAUGACACAGGUUAGGAGAACAGACAAGGUAUUGGGAUGGCAACAGGCUCCAGUCAUAAGAUUGGGCAGAGUUAGUAGCCCUGGGGAGGGAGGCGAUGGAAAGCACUACGUUGGGAGCUGACCAGAGCAGAGCUGAAUUAAUCUCUGCUCUUUUCCCCAGUACUGGAUGACUGAAUCAAUUAAACUCCCCGGGUGGGCCAUCUGACAAAGAGGUGGAACAAGUGGUAAUCCAGCUCAAACAAUACAGACUAUUCUUAUUGAAGAAUUGUAUGUGUUCAGUUUGCUGGUCUUGGGUAGGGCAACAAAACUGUAGGCCUGAGUGUCAGCAUCUCCCUUCCCAGGGUGUAAGGUAGUUCCUUCUGCUGGUCAGUUGAUCAGCUCCCCCAGAAAUAUUUGUUUAUGCACUAAGUUUGGAGUGGAUCUGGCUCACUUCUGAUGUCCCAAUGGCCAAAUGGCCUGCUGCCAUCUUGAAGACUAUCCUCACCAGAGUUAAAGCAUUCAGGAUAAGAGGGCAGCCUACCUGUGACAGUUUGUUGAAUGUGGGCACUAUGACCCAGCAUAUGUUUUCUUCUAAUUAUCCUAUGAGUGUGGGUUUCAGAGUUAUGAUUUACUCUCUAUCCCCACACUGUUCAAAAUAGGUCAGGUUGAAGGGUAACAACAGGUUGGAUUCUGUACGUUUUUGCAGAGAGCUUGGGUCAUUAAAGCUUAGGGCCCAGAAUUCCUGUGGCUUUGUUCUUUUGAAUACUGAAGGAAGAUUGGAAUAAGGAGAGAACUUUAUCCCCAAAACAAACUUAUAUCAGACAAGCUGCUGUUGUAGCAGAGGCAUAAUCGAGUGAGGACAUUGUGAAUUACCCACAUCUAACUGCUCCCAUGAUGCUGGAUAGAUGGCCUAUUCAUUUGAUCGGUGGGUUUGGGGUCUCCCAACACAUCGGCAACACCAGGGAGUACAGCAAUCUGUCAUCCUAACUGUUCACUCAGUAAUACUAGCAGUACAAUUUUCUCCUAAGUACUGUGCCAGUAUAACCUGGGAGGUAGGGCCUGAUCCCAGUAUUGGUAAGGAAGGGUAGAUCAAAUGCUGAUUCGUUUAUUGAUUCUGAUAGGACUUUUACUCAGAAUAAAUUAGCAUGGCAUUGUAAAAGUAAACAAGUAACCUAGUAAGUGUCAGGGUCUUUUACCUCACUGCUGUGCAUAGCCAGCUCUUGUUUGUAUCUCAUGAACAAUGUGAAGUGCAUGAUUAGGAAUAACACACUAUCUAAAAAACUAAAUUUAUCUCCUCACUGAAAAUAGCGCAUCCAGGGGGUACCAAUGUCAUUAGUCAGCCCCAGCCCGAGGCAGUGUCACUCAAAGUGAUUCUGCUCAUGCUGCUCCUGAGGAGCUGUCACUCAAAGUAAUGCUACUGUUCAUCUCGCGGCAGCUUUACCAAUUACAAAUUUUAGCCUCUAUUCAGUCAUAUCCUGCCACUUCCAUUAUCCACCACAGCCCUCUCCAGGAAGGGAUUGAUGACAAUGCCAAGUACUAGACUGCUAGGAUUUCAUACUUCUUUCUGCUCCCCCACCCAAAAAAAAACCCUCUGGCUCCACACUACAGUUGUAACACAAACAUUGUGUGGCCUCUUAAAGGAGAUGGUAUUGAUGCCUAGGUUUUAGGACACUGUAAGGUUCUUCAGAAAGUUGUCAGCAUUUUGAAACCAAUCCUCGAUCGUUCCUUUUGAUCUGGUGUUCCUGUCACAGGCAGCUGCUUUUCUCUUCCUUGUCACUUCUACACUAAUGGAGCUUUCAGCUUCAAUGAUUGCAAUACUGAUUUUCUCCUGGCAGUCUUCUCCCAAGAUCUAUCUCCAGUCCUCUUUGCCGUGUCUGAGCUCCUUUCCCUCAGUGUUUAUGAAAAAGUGGGGGGGUAGGAUUAAUGCCUACUUGAAUUUGAGCCUGUUCCAUUUCCCUCCCUGCUUUGUGUGUGUGUGUGUGUGCCUUUGAUCUGUUUUUCACCGGUUGCCCCAUCACAAGCUUGGAAUUUGAGGUGUCCUUAGUCUGACUCUUGCAUGGUAGCCAUCAGACUUUGCAGAAUUCUUUUGAUACACUGGGACCCUUAACAACCUCCUGUGCACCAACGGGAAUCUGCUUACUGGGAGGUGAAUACAACACUGCUGUGAGCCAAAAACUGAAAGAAGAAUCAAGCCUUAAUGCGGCAGUCAGUGCAGGGCUGGACUCUGGUUCUGAGAGGUCUCUAAAGAUUCUUCACGCCAUAUUGAGGAUUCUAAGGAGCAAUUGUAUUCCUGCCUAUUGUGUUGUUACAGGACCUGGUUUACAGACACAUAACCCCCAAACCAUGUGCAAACUCACCGACAGACUGUUGAGCUGGAAUUAUAACCUGUUGAAGGAUACUAACUGGUUUGACAAAUUUGAGUAAGUCAAUUUGGGUUGGGCUUAGGGCAACUAUAGUUGGCCUCAGUUCCUUUGGCUGGGAAAGAAAAUAUUGGUCAGUUAAUUCUAGCAAUCUCUGGGGAAGAAUAUCUACUGGCAGACAAUGUCGUGCUUGGCUGUGGUACCAACCAGUUGAUCAUUCUGCAGAAAAAGAAUGACCUUUCAGUGUCUGUGGGCAUGUACCCCAGCAUGGAAAUUACUUUACAGGAGAACAGAAAAAUAAAAUAAAUGUUUAUUGUGAGUUCUUAUUUUUAAGUUCAACAAGAAUGAAUGGCCAAAUGCACCAAAAGUUAAAUAAUGGAAUGAUGUCAGCACCUUUAAGGUGUUCUUUAAGUUGUAUAAAAGGACAUUGAAUACUC